UUUCCGCGCGUUACGCGCACGUGUCGGACGAGUUCAGCUGCGCCGAUGACGUCAUAAGUAGAGCUCGACGGCUUGCGAAUAUAUUUCGAAUCAGCGACGGGCAACUUCACCGUCAAGUCGGCCGAGCAAAAUAUUAGGAACGGCGUCGAUCGGGAGGCGGUCCGAAAAAUUUCAAUCGCAAAAAUAAUCGGCGCGUUCAUCCCGAUCCGAGGUCAACACUGGGGUUGUAGCGGAAGGAACGGUCUCGACGUCCGCGAACGGUCGCCGGUCCGUUCACGUGAUGAGACUCCCCUGUAACGACCCGGACGAGGAGGGAAAUAUUUAGCAGGUUCUGAGCGACCUCGAAGAACUUCACGGCCGACAUCGACCUCGCCUCGCUCCCUCGCCCGCUUGUUUGUUUGGACGUCUGUCUUUAUGCGUGCGCGUGCGUGUGCGUGUGCGUCUACCUCGGCGAUUCCCAACCAGUGUGCCGUGGGAAAUUAUACAAUUUGACGUAAUUGCUCCCAAAAUGAUUGAUUUCCAAGAAAUAAUGUAUCUUUGUUCCUCAAUUUAUGCCAGUGAGGCAAAGCGACAGACAGAACCGAUGAAUGGUCUUCGAUUAGAAGAUGGCAGGAAGUCAACGCAGCCAUGAAUGUCUCCACUUUUUGGGACAUUUUUGUUUGUCGGUGUGCCGUGAGAUUUUUCAAUUGUAAAAUAUGUUCCUUGGCUCCAGAAAGGUCCGAAAUCACCGGUCUACCUGUAUGCGCGUGUGUGCUUUUGCAUGUUUGUGUGCGAGUGGAAAAAGGUGGUCUUAGUGGCAUGGUAACCAUGGCGACAUGGUCUUAAGUUUCAUUCAGCUCGGGCACGUGGAGGUUAGCGCGCGUCGUCGGGAUUAAACGUGUUCAAGCUGCUAGUGAGCGCGUCAAAGGUCCCGACGUCAACUCUGAAACGAAACGAAAGGUCACGCGAGGUCACACAGGAAGUUGGACCUGGGCGGCAAAACAGCCGAGACGAAAAAAAAGUUCACGACAGUUCUGCUGGCACGUGUGCGUGUCUUUCAAUCGAUCCAUCGGUCAGUCCAAGUUUUUUUUUGUACGCACUUUGCAUACAAAAACAAGACUCCGAAUGGGUUUUUUUUCCUCUGAGGAGCAGGUUUUGCUCGUUGAACCUGAAGAAAGACGGAACCGCGAACCCUCGACGAAAUUAGCGCACAAGUCUCAUAAGCAGCGUCAGUGCCAUUCGCGUUUCCUUCGGAGGGCAGCGUACGUCCCGCGCCGGCCGGUUGCAAACGUCUCGCCGCCACCGCCGUCUUUCGCCGUCCGAUUCUCGGGUCCCGCUUCGCACCGUAGCGACUUCGCUGGCGGCGGGAGGCAUUCGGAAGGUCGGCCGCGGCGGUCGAGCCGUAAAACAAGUCGCGGUGCUCGGAGCUAGGUGUAGCGCAUUUUGACUCGCAAACUUCCAGCCUUGAAAAAAUGGCAACGCGAAGCGCUUUACAGGAAUUAAAAAUCCACGCACGAAUCAAUCCCGCCCGCCGCGCACGCGUACGGGUUAAAAGCAUAAUCGCAAUGAUCUCGUAACCCGAGGCUGAGUACGGAGCGUCCGGGCGAGGGAACCCGUCUCGGGGAGCCGUCCGCACCUCGACCUUUUAUUCAUAAAAGAUAUUCGUCAAACCGAAAAACAAAACAAAGUAUAGAGUAAACCACAAAAAGAGAAAUGGGAGAUCUCACAAUAUAAAAGCAGCAUCAGGAUAAGAAUAAUAAAUAAUGUCAAAUAAACGCUAAGUCAAAGGAAAUAGGUAAACAUCGCAAAAUAGGGGUGAGUUAAAAGCUCCGUUAAAAACGCGGGCCUGUCGUUAGAAACAAAAACGUUGCGCGCGGGCGGGCCCGAGGUUCCGUGAGCGCCGCCCGACUCGAGGGCGACGGAAAGGCCUCGGAGGCUUCGUACGGGGGCGGACCGGGCGGCCGGCCCGAGACUUCGAAAGCCGGGGAGAGAAGCUUCGCGUCCGCCCGGGAAGAGCCAUUUUAAAAUGGCCGUCGCGCCUUCUGCUCUCCGUCUGCUGCCGAAUUCCAAAGUCGUCGAAAGCUUGAAAUUCUCGUUUGGGAAUGGCAGAAAAGCCCGCAGCGCAGCGCCGACCGGUAGCCCGAGAGAAGACUCUCGCUGGCGUGUGCAGACGCUUUCUGCGCGCGCGUCGGACGUGUCGGAACUGGCGCGACGCCGCCAAAGCGGACAAAGUGCGCGGUUCGUCGGACUGGCUCGCGUGUGCGUGCUAAAUGUUAGCUGGCGUGCUAGCAUGGUUCAUGUUAGCUGACCUUGUGUCAGCGUCCAUGCUAACGCCGCGUGCGGUCGACAAAAAAAGCUCGAGCGUGUGCACGCGUGUUUGGGUGGGAAUCGAGCUGGUGAAUGUUUUCAGCUGGCUGACACAUUCCUCACACGCGCGUGUGUGCGCGCGUGCGCGUGUGAAAGCGAGAGAGAGAGAGAGAGAAAGCGAUUAGCACACAAGGCCGUCGUGUUGUUGUUUUUGUGACAUUUGGUGCGCGUGUGCCCCGUGACACACUUUUAGUGCAAUCAAUAAGUCGAUGAAAGCGCUCGAGUCAAACGGUGCGGCGAUGAUUUCAUAUUACGGACGUUUUUGUACUUUUCAUCAUUCGGCCGCGGGCGAGGUGAACCGGGCGGAUGCCGGAAUCGCCCCUCGCUCAAAGGUUCUGGCUGGGACUUCUACCCGCGUACAUCGCUAAUUUUCAUUUAUCUUCGACCAGACGCUCAAAUCGAAUAUCAAUUCGUAUCGAUGAUAAUAUCGAUGACGAUAGAGUGGUGCCUUGAGAUACAAGUGUAAUUUGUUCUGCGACGAAUUCCGAAUCAUUUGUAUCUCAAAUCGUCUUUCCCCAUUGAAAGGAACGGAAAUGCAAUCGACCCGUUCCGUACCCCCCCGAAAACACCAAAGUUUGCUCUUGAAGAAGUUCAGGAGAAAAAUGAAAAAAGUCAUUUGCACAGAAAACACGUGUGCUCGAGGGAUGGCCGACGGGUGGCGAAUUGCUCAUCGAGGGGGGAUGAAGAUGAAGGUGAUGACGGAUGAUGAUUCACGUCGAGGUGAACGAGUUCUACGCGCCAAAUAUAAUUCAGUACGUACGAUGGACACACACCGAUCGAUCGGAUGACGUCGUCAGGCGGCGCGAGCGGCGAGGUGAAGCUCGCGGGAAUGUCGCUCAAAAGCCGACGGCGGCGGCGGCGGCUCGCUCGUUACAGCUAAUUGAAGACACGCCGUCGCGCAUUCCUGAAUGACUGCGUUGGAACCGUGUGCGCAUUGUCCGCUCUGAAAGCGUUAGCCGUUAGCAUUAGCAUGGAGCUAAACAGUAGACAGAAGAACAUUCUUCACCGUACCGCCCGUCACUAUGUGCAAGUUUGUCCGUGUUUGUCUUUGUGGACGUGCACGUGUGUGUGUUUGCGCAAGUGUGAUUUUUGUGGACGUGUGUGUUUGUCAAACCUUGACUAAAGCUCAGCUGGUCAAUUCCAACGAAGCGUCUUGUGUAUUUUGUGCGCUUCUGCUGCGCAAACAUUUGACCGGCUGGCGUCGCAAGCGCGUUGAGCAGGUUCACGUCAGUUUGAGGCUCCAGCGCCAGAAAGAUCCAGAAAGAUUUCAUUCCUCACGCUCGAUUUGCCACCGCUUCCUCUUCACACAACACAACACAACACAACCCUGAAGUACGCGACAACACACCACGCCACACGACUCGACAACAUGACACAACGCUACGCCGCCCGCCCCACACUACACUAUAUGAUCCUCCACCACGCAACAUUUCGCGAUACCGCAGUUAAGUGGAUAACCCAAAAGUGGGCGUGUACGGGAGCCAUGGAAAAGUUUCACAAAUGAAACGGAAUGAAGGUGUAACUUUGCGAAGGUCCCGUAUUUUGUCUAUUUCCACCGCCAUAGUGUGACUCUCUCACGUGGACGUAGUCUAAAAGUGAAAAACACCUCGCGUCGGUCCGCUCACCCGACGGCGACUUGGCUUUGAGCCACUUUUGUCUCCGCGUUGCCCAGAUUUGGCGGAUUUGACCGCCCCCUUUCUUCUGAGCGGUUGCCACCGCGGUGUUUGCCAUGCCGACAGCGGAGAUCUUCGUUAGUGACGUCGCUAAGCCGGAGGAAGUCCGAUGAGCUGAUUUCAGGCCUCUGGGCAGAAAAACGUCCGCGGGAAUGCGGGGGCCAUUGGAAUGACUCGUUCCUAUUUCGCAUUGUUCACUGAGACGCCAGAGAGACGACAUUCCGUUCCAAAUGCUCGCAAAAGUUGGUUCGGCAAAAUACGGCGCCUUUAAAUGGAAGGCACUUGAUCGCCCCCGUGUGGCCACCAGAGGAGUGUGUCAGGGGAUGAGCAACCAGCUGACGUUGUUGGGCACGCGCGAGAAUCACUACGACAACAUGGUGCGGAUGUACAGCAACUGCUCGGUGGUUCUGGACAACCUGGAGGUGACGUACACUCUGGAGCACCAGAACCUCUCCUUCCUGCGGUCCGUCCAGGAAGUGGGGGGCUACGUGCUGGUGGCCAUGAACGAGGCCCGGACCGUCCCGCUGAGCGACCUGAAGCUGAUCCGAGGUCAGAACCUGUACGAGGGCAAGUACGCCCUGCUGGUCAUGUCCAACUACGUCCGCAACCGCACGGCCGCCACGCUCGACUACACGGGCGGACUCAGACAUCUGCAGCUCAGCAACUUGACCGAGAUUCUACGAGGAGGCGUGAAGAUGACCCGCAACCCUCUGCUGUGCAACGUGGACUCCGUGGAGUGGUGGGACAUCGUGGACAAAAGCGGCCAUCCCGGCAUGCUUUUCACGACGGACGACUUUGCACGCAAAUGCGAGCCCUGCCAUCCGGCGUGCGUCAACGGCUCGUGCUGGGCGGCCGGACCCGAACACUGCCAGAAAUUCACCAAGCGGUCCUGCGCCCAGCAGUGCAGUCGACGGUGUCGCGGCCCCGAACCCGGCGACUGCUGCAACGAGCACUGCGCGGCGGGCUGCGCCGGCCCGCUCGCCACCGACUGCCUGGCGUGCCGGCUGUUCAACGACGACGGCACCUGCAAAGACGCGUGUCCUCCCGAGAAGCUCUACGACCUCAAAACGCAUCAAGUCAUCAGCAACCCCGACGCCAAGUUCGCCUACGGCGCCACCUGUGUCAAGGCCUGUCCACGCAACUACGUGGUGACAGGAGGCUCGUGCGUGCGCACGUGCGGCGCCGGCACGUUCGAGGUGGACGACGGCGGCGUGCAGCGAUGUCGAACCUGCGAGGGCGCCUGUCCGAAAGCGUGCGACGGCGUGGGCGCGGGCGCUCUGGUCAACACCAUCGCCGUCAACGCCUCCAACAUCGAGUCCUUCCAGAACUGCACCAAGAUCAACGGCGACAUCUUCUUCAUCGAGACCUCCUUCGCCGGAGACCCCCACUACAAGAUCCCGCCCAUGGACCCGGCCAAGCUGGAAUACUUCCGAACUGUCAAGGAAAUCACAGGAUUCCUGCUGAUCCAGGCGUGGCCCGAGAACCUGACGUCGCUCUCCGUCUUCGAGAACCUGGAGAUCAUCCGCGGGAGAACCACGCGAGCACAACACAGCCUGGCCGUGGUGAGGGUCCCCGGCCUGCGCUGGCUGGGCCUGCGUUCCCUGAAGGAAGUCAGCGCCGGGCGAGUGACGCUCAAGGACGACCCGCACCUGUGCUACACCCGGGACGAGCAGUGGACUCGCCUCUUCCGAUCCUCCGACCAAAGCGUCACCCUGAGAAACCUGGCCUCGCCGCAACUCUGCCAAGAGCAGAACCGCACGUGCCACCCUCAGUGCUCCCCCGCGGGCUGCUGGGGGCCCGGGCCCGCCAUGUGCGUCUCCUGCCGACACUUUGAGCGUAGGGGGCGCUGCGUGGCCUCGUGCGACCUGCUGCGCGGGGAGCCCAGGGAGGCGGCGGUCAAGGGCAGCUGUGUGGAAUGCCACCCCGAGUGUCUGCCCACGGACGGGACGCCGACCUGCCACGGAGAGGGUCCCGACCGGUGUUCCCGCUGCGCCCACGUCCAAGACGGCCCCCGCUGCGUGCCGCGCUGCCCUCGCGGCGUGAUGGGAGACGGCGACGCGGCCGUCUGGAAAUACACCGACGCCGAAGGCCGCUGCCGGUCGUGCCACCGCAACUGCACCGAGGGGUGCACGGGACCCGGAAAGUCGGGAUGCUCCGGCGGCGUCAGGCACGCCACGCUGGCGGCGGGCGCCGUCAGCGGGCUCCUGCUCGUCAUCGUUCUGGCGUUGGUCGUCUUCGUGUUGCUGCGGCGACGGCAAAUCAAGAGGAAGAGGACCGUGCGGCGCCUCCUGCAGGAGAGGGAGCUGGUGGAGCCGCUGACCCCCAGCGGCGAGGCCCCCAACCAGGCCCUGCUGAGGAUGCUGAAGGAGACGGAGCUGAAGAAGAUCCGCGUCUUGGGCUCCGGAGCCUUCGGGACCGUCUUCAAAGGUCUGUGGAUCCCCGACGGCGAGAACGUGAAGAUCCCGGUGGCCGUCAAAGUUCUCCGGGAGGCCACGUCGCCCAAAGCCAACCAGGAAAUCCUGGACGAGGCGUACGUGAUGGCGAGCGUGGACCACCCCCACGUGUGUCGUCUGCUGGGAAUCUGCCUGACGUCGUCGGUGCAGCUGGUGACGCAGCUGAUGGCGUACGGGUGCCUGCUGGACUACGUUCAGCGGCACCGGGAACGCGUGGGCGCUCAGUGGCUGCUCAACUGGUGCGUCCAGAUCGCCAAGGGGAUGAGCUACCUGGAAGAGCGCCACCUAGUGCAUCGAGAUUUGGCGGCCAGGAACGUGCUGGUGAAAACGCCCAAUCACGUCAAGAUCACGGACUUCGGCCUCGCCAAACUUCUGACGGCCGACGAGAAAGAAUACCACGCGGACGGAGGAAAGGUUCCCAUCAAGUGGAUGGCUCUGGAGUCCAUCCUUCAGUGGACGUACACACACCAGAGCGACGUUUGGAGUUACGGCGUGACCGUGUGGGAGCUGAUGACGUUCGGCUCCAAGCCGUACGACGGCAUCCCGGCCGGCGAGGUGGCGCCGCUUCUGGAGCGCGGCGAGCGCCUGCCGCAGCCGCCCGUCUGCACCAUCGACGUCUACAUGCUCAUGGUCAAGUGUUGGAUGAUCGACCCCUCCGGUCGGCCCGGCUUCCGGGAACUGGUCGUGGAGUUUUCCAAGAUGGCGCGGGACCCCGGCAGGUACCUGGUCCUGCAGUGCGACCCGCCCAGCCCGUCCGACGGCAGGUUCUUCUCGCGGCUGCUCAGCUCGGACGACGGCGACGACACGGCGGAGGCCGAGGAAUACCCGCUGCCCUACGAGGGCUCCGGUAACCGUGGCGACCGCCCCCGCCGCGCCACGGUACGGACCUCCGUUUCGCUACGGCGCCGCGAGCCGGCCGUGACGACUUUCGCGCGUGCGCAGGCUCGUCCCGUGCGGGCCGACAGCGUCGCCGUGCGCUACAUCAGCGACCCCACCGGAAACCCGCUCGACAGAGACCACCUCGCCGGACACGAGUACGUCAACCAGGCUGAGGGCGGCGCAAGUAGCCGGCGUUCAGACCUCCGCAAUCCCAACUACCAAGACUCCGGUCCAUUUUGGGACGCCGGCUCGCCGCCUUCCCCGCGGGAGGACGGAAAGGCCGGGCCCCGAGUCCAAGAGGGACCCGAAUACUUGAACACGGCCCAAAACUCGCCGCCCGGGGCCGCUAGCCUGGACAACCCCGACUACCGGGCCGACUUCCCGCCUCGGCCGACGCCCGCCGACGCUCCGUUGCCGCCCGCCGCCCGGAACUGCGAGUAUCUGGGCCUGCCUGCUGCACGGCAGACCUCCGCGUGCUAGGGGGCGCUGCACCUCAAUGUCACAAUACUGACUUUUUGAGCAUCUCACGAGUUUUAUUUGACAUUUUUAUUGCAGAAGUGAAUUCAAGAACACAAGUGAACAAAGUGAACUUUUUUAGAAAUGAAUGUUGACCACCCACUGCUCUGUAUGUACAUAGCUUUAGCAUGUAGCAUUUGUAUUAGUUUUAAUUUAAGGUGAAAUUGUUGUUGUUGGUGUUACAAAGAAGCACACGCGUAACAUAGUUGUUUUUAAGCUUUAAAUCAAUGAAGAGUUUCACUUUCAAACACGUGCGGAGGAGAUCAUUUCGACGCAAUUGAGCUUCUGUCAACGGCGUGGCGCCGCAAUACAGCAUGAACAACACUGGAUAGCCAUGAAAUCGUUAGGGGAGAGCUGGGUGGGACGGAGUUGCGGUAAGACGCCCGCCCGCCUGAAGAACAUUCUUAAAUCUUUGAAAGUUCUAAUCAUUUGACUAUCAGCAUGAUGUGUACACAAGAAGUAUGUGUGAAGUUCCGUCCGGAGUAAACAUUUGGAGGGUCAUUAAAUAUACCAGACAACAACUGUGUUUUUAAAACAAUGUAAAAGCUCCUACAGGGGCGGCCUGGGGGAAGAUGCCCCCCGCCCCCCCCCAGAUCCAUACAAACUUGGUACUGAGGCGUAAUAUUAAACUUCCA